AUGGAUACCUCCGGUGAAGUCACGUCCGUUCACUCUCGAUUUCUCUGUGCUGCAGCCAUUGCAGGGCUACUGACAUGGAUAUGUCUGAAGCGACAGUCUGUUCGAGGAAACCAUGCUGCCAUUGGUUACUGCCUCGCGUUCUCGUCGUUCUAUCUCGCCAAUAAGCAAUUGCACACAACUCCUACCCCUUUGGUUUUUACUUGUCUCAUCUUUGGCGUUCAUACGCUCUCAGUACUACUGUUCACUGUUGCAUAUCGACUAUCGCCGUUCCAUCCUCUUUUCACCUUCCCUGGCCCUCGUCUAUGGUGGAUCAGCAGUCUGCGACUCGGCUAUGUCUCGUUCAAGGGUAAGCGCCAUCUCAUAUUGGACGAAUUGCACAAAGUUUACGGCCCGUUUGUACGGAUUGGUCCAAAUACAUUGUCGAUCAAUACGCUAUCUGCUGCCGCACUGUACAAUGCGAACUACGACCUGGACAAGAGCGAAGCGUACAACACACCUGGGCAUCUGCCGGUCGUCGCUAUAUUCUUCAAGCAGCGCACUAAGAAACUCCAUGCUGACCGAAAACGGAUCUGGUCCACGGCGUUCACUGGGCCUACUGUGGUGCACUUCUUCCCUUUGCUAGAGCGGCGUACUAUGGAGUUAAUGAAAUGUAUUGAAUGGCGGCAAACGAGAGCCGAAUCCAAGACAGUUGAUCUCUCGGAAUGCCUAUGCCAUUGGUCCUACGAUUUCAUGGGUGACAUGGCUUUCGGAGGGUGCAACGAUCUGGAACUGAUGAAACGCGGUGAUCCCGAUGAUUUAGUCAUGGGCGGGAAGAGGGCAACGAUCGCUCUAGACAGGCAUGUGGUAGCCGAAUCGUUUAGUCAUUCUCAGCCCCUUGACGUUUCUGUAGCGCUGGUCAAUCGCCUUGGCUCGCGGACAUCAUCUGGUACCUACCGCUGGGAAGGUCCUGGGUCCGCCUCCGUAACAUUGCCGCAACAAUGA